UUCUGCAUUUCUCGAGUAGGUGGGACGUGCUCGUGUAAACAGCUCAGCUCAGUGACACACAACGAUUGUCUUGUGUUGCUUGGACUUAAACACUCAGACCACAACAAAAGAUGUCAGCAAAACCUCCUCCGCUGAUUCCUCGAAAGCCUUCAGGUGUCCGGGGAAUGCCCGUCUCAAAACACCAGCUUUCCUCUAGUGAGCUUCCAGAAAGCAAUGAUUCGGUGAAAGAGAUUGACGCCAACAUGGCAUCAAACCCUCCAUCUCAACUGAAUGCAAAGAGAGAAGUGGCGAUUCUGAACUGCUGUUUCGACGACAUCGAGCGAUUCAUGAUGCGUUUGCAGCAGGCGGCCGAGGCCCAGAGCAUUCUAGAUCAGAGGAAGAAAAGAAGCAGGAAUAGCAAGAAGCAGAGCCAAGAUGGCGAUGACUUGAUGACCAUGAAAGCAGUUCCUCCGUCAGCCAAAGAAUUUGUGGACCUCUUUCAGAAAAUCAAGUACUCCUUCAAUCUGCUGGAUCGUGUCAAGUCAGCCAUAACAGAACCGAACGCACCCGAGUUGCUGCAUCACAUCUUUUCACCUCUCGGACUGAUGGUGAAAACCACAUGUGGGCCAGCAUUGGGUGGGUCAGUGGUCAGUCCUGCACUGACCACUGGUGCUGUUUCACUGCUUCAGGAGCAUCUGACUGCAGAGGAAAAAGAGCUCUGGGCUGAGUUAGGACCCAAUUGGACUUCCCCCUGUUCUCAGCUCGGUGUGUCGGUGCCUCCUUACUCGCCCGUCUUCCUGGAUGGAUGGCAGCCGCAGGCGUUCGACUCCUCUGGUUUGCCUUUGGAAGAUCCUGUUGAGUCGCAGCACAACCAAGAUGCAUACAUGCGGAGUAAACAUGCAGCGGGAGGUGGAGAGCCCAUUGAAGAGACCGAUGAAGUAGAGGGAAAUGGACUUCCACCACCGGGGGAGAGACAUUACUGCUGCAGUUAUGACUUUGUUGCAAGAAACAGUAGUGAGCUCUCGGUAUUGCAAGGAGAAACACUGGAGGUCAUCAAGUCAUCGAAGAGAUGGUGGAAGUGUCGCAAUCGCUUUGAUCAGAUAGGAUUUGUUCCAUAUAAUAUCUUGGAACCGCUGUCAGCUCUAAAUAACACUUGUGGGGAAAACCCAAUGAUGUCCCCCAUUUCCCCUUCCUCAACGUUCUUUCCCUACGCUCCGCUGAGCCCAGUCGGCACUUGUCCGACAUCGACGAGUCCAACUGUACGACCUCAAAGCAUAGUUUUACCAUCCACAACAAUAGAUGGAGACAAUGGUGAUCGAGUACUGAUAAUGAAUGACGAGCUUCUCCAACGAAUGGCGCAGAAAAGAGUCCCCGGCAGCCGUCCUCCUCUCAUGGCGUCCCGCUCCGUGGAAACGACUCUUCCCUUGAACUAUCACUCUCAGCCGACCGAGGUGGAGGCCUGGCUCGUGGCAAAGGGCUUCAGUCAGCAGACGGUCCAGAGUCUUGGCGUUUUAACCGGAGCGCAGCUUUUUUCCCUGAAUAAAAGGGAGCUCUGCGAAGUGUCUCGAGAGGAAGGGGGCAGAGUGUACAGUCAUAUUAUGAUGCAGAAGGCCAUUCUCGAGGAUGUGCGAAAGGUCUCCGAGUUGGAGAAGGUGAUGGAGAAGCAAAAGCUGAAGAUUGGCAUGAUCGAAUGAGACGGCGUACGGCGUAUCAAGCGAACUCUAUGCUUAGACAAGAUGUUAAUGUGAAUCAUUUUUUUAGUCUUAUGUACAGCGGGUCUGUCCGACCUGGUUGUGAUCUACUUAAGUAUUACUGUUCCUCAUAUGUGCAAGCAAAAGCAAAAAAAAGUGGGAGUGUUACGAAAACAGACUGAGAUCGUUCUCAGAGCUAGAAACCCAUGAAUGUGCAUUCUGAAGACAAGCCAGCAGAUUGUUGAGUUUUUACUGCAACAGCUUUUAAUUGCUAAUAAACCCAUUUUCUUGUCAUUUAUUAAAAUUAUAAUUGUGAAUUAUUGAA